AUGUAUGUAUCUUCUGAUUCCCAAGCGUUGACAUCGACACCGCUUCAAGUUGUUGUAGGUAGAAUGAACUCAAAAGAACUGUGUACUGAUGUGCCCAAUUUAUAUCUUGCAAAUAUCUCUAUCGCAGAUCUCGAUGUAGGUACAUAUACUUCCGAAACCCUAUUAACCUGGCCCACAAGACUCCUCAAGCUACAGGCCUUCUCCUUUGACCGAAGUCCACUCCAUCUCUUCAACACCUCCCUGGGCUAUCUAGCUCCGACUGGAUCUCAUCUCAUUCACCAUCAAGCUUCUUCGAGCAACCCAACUGUUCCCCAAGCUAGGUAUUACAAAUCCAAGAUUCCUUGA